AUGGAUCAAGAUACACACCAAGAUACAGAGUUCCCAAUAUUGAAGUUGCUGCUGGAAGACGCGAACGACAAGAUUGACAGGCUCGAAGCGCAACUGCUGCUGAAUGAUACACAUCAACCAGCCAACAGACUAGAAGAAGUAGAGCACGGCCGGGGCCACAGCUUUGUCGGCAGGAGAGGAAGCAAAAGAGACGUCGUUGCCCAAAAAAACGAAGACAUUCGCCAAAUUUUAUCUACCUUUACUCAAAAGCUAGUCCACUCUCUCAAGAACCUCAUGCGUUCUAUCAAAAUACUGGGUUCGGCCGAGUCCUACUAG